GUUCCGGAUGAGACGCCUCCACCCCCUUCGCCCCUCUCAUCCUCUUAUCGGCGAGUAAGCGGCCAACAUGGAUGUCGUCAACCAGUUGGUGGCCCAAGGGCAGUUCACAAUAAUCAAGCAACCGUUGGGAUUUAUAAAAUUCCUCCAAUGGAUCUUUGCGAUCUUCGCCUUCUCGACAUGCGGCAGUUACUCCGGCAUGUUCAAGAUGAGCGUGGAGUGUAAAAACCGGUCGGAGAGUGAUCUUGGAAUCGAAGUUGAAUUUGAAUAUCCAUUCAGGCUCCAUCAGGUUUACUUUGAUGCCCCCACCUGUAAGGGAGGGAACCCUGAGCGUCUCUUCCUGGUGGGCGACUACUCUUCCUCAGCUGAGUUCUUUGUCACCAUCGCUGUCUUCUCCUUCCUCUACUCCAUGGCGGCUCUCUCUGUCUACUGUUUCGUCCUGGAGAAGUACCGUGAAAACAACAAGGGCCCCCAGAUUGACUUUGUAGUGACGGCGGUGUUCGCCUUCAUGUGGCUGGUGUCGUCUUGCGCGUGGGCCAAAGGUCUGUCGGAUGUCAAGACGGCCACCGAUCCCGAGAGGGUCAUCACCCUCAUCACGGCCUGCGACGAACGAGAAAAUCGCUGCCGUGAAGUCCACGACCCCAAAGUCUCUGGGCUCAACACCUCCGUGGCUUUCGGCUUCAUCAACCUGAUCCUGUGGAUAGGCAACUUGUGGUUCGUCUUCAAGGAGACCGGCUGGAUGGCGGCCGUCGCGGGAACGUACAUGCCGUCGCAAGAAAAGCAGCCCGCCCCAGAUUCUUUCGCUCAGGGUGGCGGCUACGCUCAGCAGGAUCCGUAUGCCGGCUCCCAGGGAGGUUACCAGCCCGAGUACGGCCAGCAGGGGGGCUACAACGAGGACGGGGGCUACAGCCAGGGCUACGAACAGCAGCCCACUUCCUACUCCAAUCAAAUGUGAGCCUGUGUGCUGAAGCCACAGCUGCAGGAUGGGUGACCUUGUGAUUCCGGCGCUCAACCGCCGCCUGCGUUUCUGCACUCGUCUGUUAGUCUGUUUGUGUACAUGUGAGUUGGGCAAGUGGUGGGGGGAGG